AUGUUAGGCACAAUUAAUAAGUCAAUUUCCCAGUGUGAACCAUUACUUUCAUUUGAUAGAAUAGCUGAAACCCUUUUCGUAAUGUUUAGCGAUGUGUCAUUUAAUCCACUUAUCAAAUGCAAAUAUUUGAAGCAUAGUGCUAGAAAUUCUGAAAAUUUUACGAGUUAUAAAAGAAGCUUAUUGAGCAUCCAGUCUCCAGUAUCUAGAAGAAGAGUAUCUUCUCCAUUUACUCUGAAUGAAAUAUCAUUUGAAGCAACUUCUAAUAGCAGUAGAGGAUCCUUCUCUGCAUCACCGCUCUUUCCUUCGCGAAAUCCGAUCCAUAACAGAUAUGAACUUCAAAAUGGCCACAGCUUCUCUCUAUCCCAAAUUCCUUUUGUUAUUUCACAAAAGUAUGAGGUGGAGAAGAUCAUUGGUGAUGGAAAUUUUGCUGUUGUGUAUGCAUGUGUUAAUAGAGUGACUAAAGCAGAAUAUGCCCUAAAGGUCAUUGACAAAAACAAAUGUAAAGGAAAGGAGCACAUGAUUGAAAGUGAGGUUGCAAUACUGAGGAGAGUCAAGCAUGUAAAUAUUGUGCAACUUGUUGAAGAAUUUGAUUUUGAGAAUGAUCUUUAUUUAGUGAUGGAGCUGGUAAAAGGUGGUGAUCUUUUUGAUGCUAUAGCUUCAGCUACAAAGUAUACAGAAAAAGAUGCCAGUCUUAUGGUCCAUGACUUGAGUAGUGCUUUGUGCUAUUUACAUUCCUUGAAUAUUGUACAUCGAGAUAUAAAACCAGAAAAUUUAUUGGUUGUUGAACACGAAGAUGGUUCUCGAUCAUUGAAACUGGGAGAUUUUGGCUUAGCGGUAGAAGCUAAAGAACCAUUAUUUACUGUAUGUGGCACACCUACUUACGUAGCUCCAGAAAUACUUGCAGAAACAGGAUACGGACUGAAAGUAGAUGUUUGGGCUGCUGGUGUUAUAACAUACAUUCUGCUUUGUGGAUUUCCCCCAUUUGUGAGUCAAACUAAUGACCAAGUAGAGCUGUUUGACCAAAUACUUGCUGGAAACUAUGAAUUCACUAGGCCAUUUUGGGAUGAUAUUUCUGAUUCUGCCAAGGAAUUAAUAGCAAUGAUGCUCCAAGUGAAUCCAGAUGACAGAUAUUCUGCAGCUGAUGUACUUGAGCAUCCUUGGGUCCUUGCCGAUAUUGCUCAUGACACAGACAUGCAGUCUGCUGUCUCUAGGGAAAUUACAAUGCACUUUAAACCGAAAUCGUCUUUGAAGUCUGCUGGUAUUGCACUUAUUGCUGAAACGGCCAUUGAUAAAUGGACAGAUAAUUUUCAAACCUAUAGAUGUAAGAAUUAUUAGAAACUACAUUCUUUUGUAGUAGAGAAUUAUUUAAAGAACUGGAAGCCUUCUGCUAUGUUCUUAUUGAUCAGAAUGUUUAUAUGGUGCUUUAUUUAUCAGAAUGUUUGUAUGGUGCAAAAAUCAAUUUGUAUAAUGUGUAGCAUAUAUGCUUUAUACAGUUUUUUAAAUUUGCUAAUUAGACUUUUCUAAUAACUGUGCUGUUAGUGUUAAAAUAUUUCUCUGUGUUUCUUAUUUAAAGUCAUGUAAAUCUUAAUAUAUUUCUAAUGUAUUAUAAUUUCUGUAAUCGUUUGGAUAUUGUGAUGUUUUUGUGAAUCGCAAUAUCCAAACGAUUACAGAAAUUAUUAAAUGAAUCCUGUUAACUGGUACAAAUAAACUUUAAUCUAUUUUCAUAGUUUAGCAAUAAUUGCCUUAAUGAUACUUGACAUAGCAGUUUCAGUAUUUGUAAGUGGUAUUUCCAUAGUCCAUAGUGAAAUUUUUUAUAUUCAUAACCGGAAGUUUUCACAAAAUAAUUUAGGCAGCUACCUCAAAAUUCUGUUUUUCCCACAUUAUGAAUUCCUGUGACAUUCUUUUAUAUUAUUUUCUCAUAAUGUUAACUGUGCACUCUAAUUUAAUGUAUUCAAGUAAAUUGUGAGUUAAAAAAAAUUAAAUAUAUUGUUUUCUCAUAAUGUUAACUCUGCAUUCUGAUUUAAUUUACUUAAGUAAAUUAUUAAGGAAAAGGAAAUAUAAUUCUUUUUCCCUUUUAAUGUAUAUGUGUUGUAGUUUUGUAAAGGUUCGUAAAUAUGGAAUUCUUUCAGUGAAAACAUUCUUGUCAAAUGAUCAGUAAAAAUGAUCUCAGCUGUGUUUUGUUUACAUAAAAAUUGUAUAUACUUUUAAUGUUGUUUGAGCAAAAAUGUAGUUGAAGAAGCUUUCUUAAAUUCCAGGUGAUUCUAAUUUUCAUUGCUGUGAAUCUGACAUUCUGUUUUCAUUUUCUGUUUAGUGUGAUUUGUCUAUUUGGAUUGUAGAAAUUGUAUCUGGGAAGUAUUUACAAAGAUUUUCAGUCUUAAUCUAAGCUGAAAGUUUUAAGCUUUUUAAUGUGUAAGGUGUGUUUUCAAAAUUGCGUAUGUAAAAUAAAUGUGUAAAAAAAUGGUUAUUCAACUAAAUAGAACUGUGCACUUGUUAAUAUAAAAUCAGACAUUGUGAGAAAAGCUGCCUAAAGAGUAUUUUCUGAGUAUUUAGUUUUUAUAAGUUAAUAUUUCAUGUUGUAGUUUGUAUAAUAGAGUAAAGUAUACCUUCCUCUUUAUGAA